AUGGCGGCGGUGGUGGCGGGGCGGGCGGUGGCGGCCUGCGGUGCCCGCGCCGCCCUGGGGGCCCGCCGGGCCCGCGCCGCUCUCGCCCGGGCUGCCAGUGGCACCGCCGGCACCGAGGCGGUGCUGCGGGAGCGGCUGCGGCGCCACCAGGCAGCAGAGGGACCCCUGGGACACACCCCUGGCCCAGAGGAGGAGGAGGAGGAAGAGCGGCGGAGGCGGGAGCGGAUGGCGGCUGCCCGGCGGCUGGCCCUGCGCGUGGCGGGGCUGCUGGGCGCCAGCACUGGCGUGGCGAUCAUCUAUAUCUUUGGCAGCAACUCGGUCGAUGAGCACGGUGCCAAGAUCCCCGACGAGUUCGAUGGCGAUCCCGUGGGCAUCCAGCAGCUCCGUAGGACCUACAAGUACUUCAAGGACUACAGGCAGAUGAUCAUCGAGCCCACCAGCCCCAAGCUGCUGCCGGACCCCCUGCGCGAACCCUACUACCAGCCCCCCUACACUCUCGUCAUUGAGCUCACCGACGUCCUGCUGCACCCUGAGUGGUCGCUCGUCACCGGCUGGCGCUUCAAGAAGCGCCCGGGCAUCGAGAGCCUCCUCCAGCAGCUCGCUCCCCUCUACGAGAUCGUCAUCUUCACCUCCGAAACUGGCAUGACUGCCUUCCCCCUCAUUGACAGCGUGGACCCCCACGGCUUCGUCUCCUACCGCCUCUUCCGCGACGCCACCCGCUACAUGGACGGGCACCACGUCAAGGACAUCUCCUGCCUCAACAGAGACCCGGCCAAGGUGGUGGUGGUGGAUUGCCGGCGAGAAGCCUUUUGCCUGCAGCCCUACAACGGGCUGGCACUGCCCCGCUGGGACGGCAGCUCCGACGACCGCGCGCUCUACGACCUCACCGCUUUCCUCAAAACCAUUGCCCUCAGUGGGGUGGAAGACGUGCGGACGGUGCUGGAGAAUUACGCGCUGGAGGAGGAUCCGCUGGCGGCUUUUAAACGACGCCGGUCACAGCUGGAGGAGGAGGAGCAGCAACGCCUGGCCGAACUGGCGCAGGGCAAGAAGCCGACGGGGCUCUUCCUGGGCGCCCUGGCCGGCCGCCUCUGGCCGCGCUCCAAGCAGCAGUGACGUCAGCAUGAUGUCAUCGGGACGGUGCCGUGAUGUCAGUGGGACGUCGGCGUGAUGUCAGCAGCGCGAGGCCCGGAAAGGGGGGGACACGCACCCCGUUCACCAGUGCGGCGGGAGCAGGGGGUGAUGCGUCACCCGGACCUGGACGAUGCGG